ACUAGCUCUUAGACUAUCAGCAUCUUUAGCUAAUAAUCUAGUUGAAUUGUUUAGAUUUGUUUGAUUUGCAUCUAUGUAAAUUUAAAGGGUCAAUAUUGCAUUCACUGUAUUUAAAUUUAUUAAUUUGUAUUUAUUAUUAACAAACCCAGCAAACAUUCUGGCUUCUUUGAUUUCCAACCAGGCCCUAUAAAUUUUACAUUUUUAAUGAUAACUAAUUUAUACCUUUCUUGUUAGGACUAGCUGAACUAACAUUACAUAAUAAUUAAAAUAAAAUAAAAUUAUUAUGAACAGUGUAAAAGUUAGAGAGUAUGGCUUAAGUACGUCGUUGCAAUCAAACUGUGCUCGAAUCUGACAGCACUGUUAUAAUGUAUCUAAUAAGAAUAGGUACUAUAUAUACUCCGAGAUAUACUCGUAAAAAGGCAUUGCUUUAUUUAAGAGUUAGAUUUGUUAUUAUUUUCAGGUUACUUACGAUGGAAUAUAUUAAUGGUUUGUUAAAAAGUUUUGAAGCUGAAGUUCCCGCUUAUCUCAAAUCACUUCUUAUAUACAACGGAUUUGAUAAUUUAUAUUCCCUUUCACAGUUUAAUAUUGAUGAAGACAUUGAGAGAAUGGAGUGUUAUGCAAGGGACGUCCUUUCAAAGGUAUUGAAAGGAGAAGAAAAAAAAGCAAUGUUUGGAAUUGUCAGCGAAGAAUGCUCUCUAUUUAAAAUUCCGGAAGGCCAUAAAAAGCUUUUGCGCUUUGUAAAGGAAGAAUCAGAAAAAAAAAUUAAACUGCUAAAACGUCCACUUCUUUGUGAAAGGUCUGAAGGCUGUCCAGCUGAAAAAACUUUCCCCAAAAAGAGAAGAACAGUGACAAAUAAAAGUACAUCUCGAUCUGAGAGUGGUAAUGAAGGCGAUGGUUUUUGUACUCCAAAUGAUGGUUGUGUUUCUCAAGAUGAAGAGCAAGUUAAUUAUGCGAUGCAGCAUGUUUUAAAUAUUAGUCGAAGCUAUAUCGAUAAAUUUUCACGAAAUGAAUUCGACAAAGGCAAAAUUAGUGAAGAACGAUUACAAGAUGUUUUAAAUAAUUCCAAAAACCUUAAAGUCAAAAUGGAUGGUGAAUUUACUGCAAAAAUAUCUUGCCCUUUAUGUACAUUUAUUUCUUCAGCCUAUUCAGUGAAGAACUCCAAAACCGGAAGAAAAUGGGUGAUUUCAAACUUCCUGAGACAUUAUAAAAUACAUUUUAAAGAUGAUGGAACCAACUUAACUAAAAAAUUACCGAUUAAACCGCAGAAACCCGAAAUUCAGACCACUAUACUUAACUUUAUAAAAAAAGAUGCUAAUAAAAAAUGUGACUUAAACCAAGAUUUUGAAGAUCCAAGAGGAAAUCUCUUUGACCUAACCGAUCCCAAUACAGAUUUAAAUUAUGGAGCUUCGACAUCAUCUGAAUUGCACUUGGAAUUGACUACUGAAUUGAGUCAAAAUGAUUCGUUCAUUGACCAAAAUUACGAAAUUCAUGAUGAGGCACAGCAAAAUAAUCCUAAUGGGGUUUUUUUACACUAUAACACAGACCUCGACACAGACUCUCCAACAGAUAAUCAAUCGUCGAGUCAACUAAGAACAAUUGUUGUUAAUGAUUUUUCUACUGAGGAACAUCAAGGAGCCAGCCAAGUUGUAAAUGAUAUCCCAGUAUCUGAAUUAGAGUAUAAUCCAGACAAUUCAUCUCCAUUGGAAGAUUUUUUCUUUCUUGACAAUGUAGCGGAAAUCAAUCAAAGCAAUAAUGGUUCUGAAAAAGUAAAGUCUCCCAAAGCUAAAUCUUUAUUUGAUGAUAGCAAUUCCAGAAGAGAAAGAAGCUUGCGCAUAUUAAAUGAGUUACCAUAUCAUCAAACACAAAUAACAACUUUUCUAAAUACCAUAAAUCAUGCCAUAGACACUAACCCAGAAGUUACAAACACCCUAAGUAUCCUUACCGAAAAUCAAGGCAUUAAUAAAUUUAAUUAUGGCACCAAAGGCCUACUAAAAUAUCUAUUAGACUCAGCAAUAAGAAACUCUAAAAAUAAAUCAGGACACACAAAUAAAUUUGAUGAUGGAAUGAAACGAUUCUGGCUUUAUAUAUUCAUUAGCGCAGGAAGGAUGAGUUAUGAAAUAUUGCACUCAAAUUUAAAAAAUAUACUGCCUUCUGUCACAACUAUUCACAGACAACUAGAAGAAAUGAAUAAUAUAUUAGAGGGUGAAGUGAGAAUUGAAGACUUAAAACUUUAUUUACAGAAGAGAAAUUAUCCACCCAUAAUUUUUAUAUCCGAAGAUCAAACUGCACUCAUCAAAAAAGUCCAAUAUGAUUCAGCUUCAAAUCAAAUGGUUGGCUUUGUAGCACCUUUACAGGAACAGACGAGAUUUCCUCGCAUUAACAAAUUCCCAGUUGAUUCAGUUAGCGACAUUGAAAAUGCUUUUAAGAAUAAAACAUUAGCAAUAAAUGCAUAUAUUUUUAUGGCUCAGCCAUUAGUAGAUGGAUCACCCGCAUUUUGUAUAUCAAUAUUUGGCAGUGAUAAUAGAUUUACCUCAGAAGAUGUUUAUAAACGAUGGCAAUAUCUCAUAAAGGAAGCAGGAAAACAUGGAAUUACAAUUUUGGGCUUUUCAAGCGAUGGUGACACUCGGUGCUUAAAAAGUAUGAAAAUUAUAUCGAAAUUGUCAUUUACUUCAUUGAACCCUUACUCUCCCUAUUUUCAGGCGAAUUACAAUUUAGAAAAUCCAGCAGUUUUUCAAGACACUAUACAUAUAUCAACAAAGCUUAAGACUCGUUUAUUAAAUGAAAAUAUUUCUAUGAAUAUGGGAGGAAAACGAGUAUCUAUUGACAAUAUCCGGUACAUAAUUGAAAACUAUCCUAGAGAUAAACACUUAUUAUGCAAGAGCUUCCUUGAAUCUUCCGACAAAAUGAACUUCAAUGCAAUAGACAAGUUAAGUUCUGAACAUGUCACAAAUAUGCUUAAGGAAGUUCCCAACGCCGAAGCUACAAGGCAAUAUUUAAUACUGACUCGCAACAUAUUGGAUGCAUUCUUGUUAAAAGAAAUUAGUGUUGAAAGACGAGUAUACCUAAUUUGGUAUUCAACUUUUUUCAUGCGUAUUUGGAAAGCCUGGCUAAAAAAAAUGGUGAAAAUAUCCAAAAGAAUUUUAUCACCACAAAUGCCUAUACAUGCAUAGAAAUAAACGCUCAUGGAAUUAUUUUAGUCAUUGAAAAACUUCGGCAAAAUGGAAUUUCAGAAGCUUUUCUUCCAUGGCUGUAUAGCAGU